UGGGCCUAAGUCAUAAGAAAGAACUGUUCUGUCCUCACCACCCACAUCCACGUAGAUCUGCCUAGAACCCCAGUUCCCAUUUUUUCUUCCCCACAACACCCACAUGUUUCUGCGAGCAACCAGAUGAGGGGCCCCGGUGGCAUGGAAACGAGAGGGAGAAAAGAGGGUGGGGUGACGAUGAGAAUGGAUGGAUAGGAACCUGGGUGUGGGGGCAGGGUUGGCACCAACUUGGCCUUGAGGUCCAGAAGGCAUUCUUGAGAUUUGUCCUUCUGCCCUAAGGAAAGUGGGAGCAAGAAGGGGCUUUCUGCUCAUCAAAGAGAGCCAAGGGUGUCCACUUGCAUCCAGGACGAGCUUUUCUCACGGCCCGCGCACCCACUUGAGGAGCCCUACGCUCAACACGGUGUGAGGGUCCUUCCCAUCUGUCAGUCAAGGGACACACCCUCCCAACACCAGGGGUCCCGCUUAGCUCCAGCCGCGUCCCCCCAAACCUGACAAGCUCCAGAGGAUUGCCUGGGAGGCCCUGGGGUCCUGGCCCGUCCCCCGCGGCGCGGGUCGCUCUCCAGGCCCUCCCGGAUCCUCCCAGCCCGCGCGGACGGCGCACGCAAUCGUACCCGGAGCUCGCCCUCCGUGCGGUGCAGUCCCAGGCGCCGCAGCCCCACCGCCAGGUCGUUGACACAGAGGCCGCCGUCGCGGUUGACGUCGAGUGUCUGGAAGAGGCUCCACAGGCGCAGCCGGUGGUCCGGGCCGCCACAGACGGCGCCGCCGCACGGAUCCCCUACCGAAGCCGGCGACGAGGCGGACGACGAGGUGGCGGCGGCGGCGUCCGGCGGCGGGGAGGCCACGCAGCGGCACAACACACUGCUCACCAUCGGGCGCGAGGCGGGGGCGCCGGACGCGGGGCUGAGGGCGGCAGGCAGAAAUCGGAGCGCGGAAGCACGCCGGCUUUCCUCAGACGGCGAGCGCGGGCUCCGAGAAGCCGGCAGGCUGGAGGGAGGGGCCGCUUCCGGGAACCCCGCCCCGCCGCGCGCCGCGGCUCUGACCGCGCCCCCUGGCACACAGCCGGCCAAUCACAGGCCGGGAUGGCGGCUCCGGGAUCAAUGAGGGGGCGUGGCCACCACGCUGGCUUUGCGUCGAUUCAAACUGAGAGAGGCGGGGAUUAGCCGAAGCGGGGUAAUACGCCAGCAGAAGGUCCCGUGUCCAGUUCCCAUUCAGAAGCCCUGUUUAGACUGCGGAAUGAUGAUGAGGCUGGGAGGAGCGGUUGUGUACGGAGAGAGAUCAUAGCUAUGCGUGGAAAUGAGAUUUGUAUGAGAGCAACUGUAGACUGAAGUUAGAAGACACUUAGCACCACUGAAUAAAAUCAAAAUUUAACGGGUUGACGACUCAAGGCCGAAAACACGAAUCAAAAUCAGGAGGCUGGUUUCUAGUAGUCUCCUAACCUACCAAUAGAAUAGCUGAAUUUAACAACGUAAUAGUCGCAAUACAAACAAUUGAACGACAGACUGAUUUCCCAAUGGAAGUGAAUAAAGACCAUGUGGGCGGACGCCCUGUAGCGACAGACAUGCCUUUAGGCCAAUGACCAAGCCAGUUCUAGCAAAUAGAGAAAAGGGGAGGCCAUGGCUGUCCCAGCCAAGAAGAGGAAGAUGAACUUUUCAGAGCGGGAGGUGGAGAUCAUCGUGGAAGAACUAGAGCUGAAGAAGCACCUGCUGGUGAACCACUUCAAUGCUGGGGUCCCUCUGGCUGCCAAGAGUGCAGCCUGGCAUGGCAUCCUGAGAAGAGUCAACGCCGUGGCCACCUGCCGUAGAGAGCUGCCCGAAGUCAAGAAGAAGUGGUCUGACCUCAAGACCGAGGUCCGUCGCAAGGUUGCCCAAGUCCGAGCUGCUGUCGAAGGUGGCGAGGCCCCAGGGCCCAAGGAAGAGGAUGGAGCUGGUGGACCUGGGACAGGCGGUGGCAGUGGCACAACCAUAGCUCCUGUACUGCUGACCCCUAUGCAACAGCGCAUCUGUAACUUGCUGGGUGAGGCCACCAUCAUCAGCCUGCCCAGUACCACCGAGAUCCAUCCCGUGGCCCUCGGACCCACAGCCACGGCAGCUGCAGCCACGGUCACCCUGACACAGAUCCCCACCGAGACCACCUAUCACACACUGGAGGAGGGCGUGGUGGAGUACUGCACAGCCGAGGCUCCUCAGGAGGAGCCCCUGCCAACCGAGGCACCUGUGGAGAUGCUGGCCCAGCACGCAGACACAUCCGUCAAACCACAGGCACUGAAGAGCCGCAUUGCCCUCAAUUCGGCCAAGCUGAUCCAGGAGCAGCGGGUCACCAACCUCCACAUAAAGGAAAUCGCCCAGCACCUGGAGCAGCAGAAUGACCUGCUACAGAUGAUCCGGCGUUCCCAGGAAGUACAGGCCUGUGCCCAGGAGCGGCAGGCCCAGGCCAUGGAGGGCACCCAGGCAGCCCUGAGUGUCCUCAUCCAGGUCCUCCGGCCCAUGAUUAAAGAUUUCCGACGCUACCUGCAGAGUAACACACCCACCCCAGCCCCAGCCCCUGACCCUGGACAGGUGGCCCAGAAUGGGCAGCCGGACAGCAUCAUCCAGUGAGGGCAGGGGUCAAACCAGUGCUCUGCCGUGAUUGAGGGAAACUUCUGUGGAAUUGUAAGUGGUUUCUGUGAGUGGCUUUAAGUGGGCCAUGUGGAUAGCUCCCUCUUGGACAGAUAUUUGGGGCUUAUUAGUCUGAGAAUAAUGAAGGAGACUGACUGGGAAAAGGAAAUCGCUGGGCUCCUGGGACCCAGUCUCUUCAGUUCAGCCUCCGGAACUGCCUUGUUGAAAUCUGGAAGAUUUAGCUGGGAGUGUGUGUCUGGUGAUGGGACAAAUGUUGUCGUGAUCUAAGGCUUGAGACAUCC